GCUGCUCAACCUCCAAACGUCAUCUUGCCGAACCUUUCAGCAAAACUCAGAUGGUCAAGAAAAUGAAGCUACCGUUUCUCGUCAAGAAGUCAGAAACGAGGUCAUCAUCUUCUUCUUCCUGGCCGUGGCCGUCUUGUCACCAACCCAGAACCCUCUCUUUCAGAGCCAACACCACCGACUUGUUCGACCCCAUCAACUCCGAUUCCUCAGCAGUGGAAGUCGACCCCGUAGAGACCCUGGUUCGCGGGUUGCGGUCGGACCGGCGGCGGCUGUUCUUCGAGCCAGAUGAGACUAGCUCCAUAUUAGAGACGAAAGCUUCUGCAGGAGGACGCGUACCAUUCAAAGACAGCUUCAUGUUAUCCAUGGACUCUCGAGACCCUUACCGAGACUUUCGAAAGUCCAUGGAGGAAAUGGUGGAGGCUCAUGAUGCCCUCAGGCACUUGGAGGCUCUGCAGGAGCUUCUGUGUUGGUAUUUGAGAGUCAAUGCCAAAAGCAAUCACGUCUGUAUUCUCGCUGCUUUUGUUGAUUUAUUGGUUGGCCUUGCUCCUUCUGCCUGCCCAUCUUCUCCUUUAUCUUUUUAUACUUCGUCCCUGUCUUCUUCCUUUAAUACACACUGUGUUAAUUAUUCUUCUUUAGAAGCCGAGGAAGAGAUUGAUGCAAAUGAUCCCGCUUCAACUUCGGCUUCCUUGUCAGAACAAGUUAGGGAGGAUAUAGACCGUCAUGACGAGGCUUCUUCUUUGAAUGCUUGAUUCAAGUCUCAGAUUGGGUAAUGUAAAUGUUGCAGUUCAUAAGUAUAACACUCCCACAUUUUUGACGAAUCCUGUGUCUACCUGUCUCUCUUUCUCA